GAUUGAUCUGGAAGACCCAAUAACUUCCUAAGCCCACUUCAAAAUAAAAGCCCAUGAUGAAAAACCCUUGAUCAGACAAACUAUCUACAUCAAUUUCAAUUCCCCCUCCCAAGAGUUAGGUGAGGGAGAGAAAAUUAAGCUGUUAUUUCAAGUUGUAGAGAGCAACCCAAGCCGCCGCGCAAAUUUUAUGAUCAAGAACUGCAUCAAAUUUGGCUCCGGCGACGUUAACAUCAAGAUCUAUCGAAGGAAGCUUAAACGUGUGUGGAUCUAAUCGGAUCUGAAAUCCGAAAAUCAUCGGGAGCAAAAUAUUCGGUGUGGUCGGAUAAAUUGAAGGUUUAUUAAAUCCUUGAGGUCGUUCUUGAAGGCAUUUUCUUUCGCGAUUGUUGAUCUUGUUGCUAGUGUGGAUCACUGUUGCUGUCACCAAGACCUCAAAUCGAAUGCUCUAAUUCUAGAGACAUUUUAACUUAAAGUCAUCGUUGGCUGCUCUGCUUCAUCGUUAUUAUGGCUCUUCAAACCUAUGCCCAUUCCCAGCUCUCAAGGCCUCACCUCCCUGCAUUAUUGUCCCUGCCCUCUUCCUACACUACUAGUGAGAUUCGACUCCCUGUAAUUUCUACCGCUUCAAGACGACGCUAUCUUCGUCUAGUCUGCUCCAGCAGUGAUGCUAAUAGUAGUAAGAAGGGAGUACCCAAUUCCAACUAUGUUGUUCCACUCAACAAAUCUUUUUCCCCAGCUAACUCAUCCUGCAUUACUCGACCCCUUGCGGAGAUCCUUCGCGAUCUAAACAAGAGAAUCCCUGAUAACAUCGCUCAGAAAGCCCCUCAUUCUGACACCCAUGAUCGUGCUCCUGCGACAUUCAUCCCUUGGUUUCAUGCUAAUAGGAUGCUGAGUUUCUACGCCCCUGGAUGGUGUGGAGAAAUACGAGAUGUCAUAUUCUCUGACAAUGGUGGUGUGACUGUGGUUUAUCGUGUGACCGUUAGAGGAUCGGAUGGAGAGGCACACCGUGAAUCAACUGGAACAGUAUCGGCCACUGAUAGCAAUAUUGAGGAUCCUGUAGCUGCUGCGGAGGAAAUAGCUUUUUGCAAGGCUUGUGCAAGAUUUGGCCUUGGUUUGUAUCUCUAUCAUGAAGAAUGAAUGCAGCAAAUAACAAAAGAAUGCGAUGCUUCCAUUCCAACAUGUAAUAAAGUUUUUUAGUCUCAAUAUUUUGUAGAAAUGGAUAUAUAAUGUUGGCCUUGACACUUGAGAGGGUGUACAUUAGUAGUUUUAGAUGAUUCCGUGGAGCUUGAACUUUUAUAGCAGAGUCAUAUGUGGAUACUUCCAUGUUGCUGAGUUUAUAUCUUUUUAAUUUACACGUACUCUGUUUCAGAGAUGCCUUUUCAAUUGUACCCUCUUGUGUUUAUUUCAUGAUUACACUUUGAAAUGGAUCCUU